AUGGGCCACACACAGUUUGUGCAAUUUCUCAGAAAAACCUCAAGCAAAUACCAUUUUUUCUCCCCUUCAUUUAACUCUUCCUCAAAAAUAGGAGAUUCUGGAGUCUGGGGAUUGAAAAAGAAUUUUGCUUGGUUGGAACUCUUGGAACGGUUGCAGAAUGGACCUGCGGGGCAGUGUGGGACAGCGGAAGAAGCCAUUGGUCUAUCUGGAGAGUGCCAGAGUAUCAUUCGUUGUGAUGAAGAUGAAGCCCACAUUGCAUCUGUGUAUUGCACAGUUUGUGCUACUCACCUUUGUGCAGACUGUUCCCAGCUCACCCAUUCUACUAAGACACUGGCGAAACACAGGCGUGUGCCUCUUGCUGAUAAGCCUCAUGAGAAGACAAUGUGCUCCCGACACCAAGUACAUGCUAUUGAGUUUGUUUGUUUGGAAGAGGGCUGUCAGGCGAGUCCUCUCAUGUGUUGUGUCUGCAAAGAAUAUGGAAAGCAUCAAGGUCAUAAGCAUUCUGUCUUGGAACCAGAAGCGAACCAGAUUCGUGCAUCCAUUUUAGACAUGGCUCACUGUAUAAGAACUUUCACAGAAGAAAUCUCAGAUUAUUCCAGAAAACUGGUUGGAAUUGUUCAGCACAUAGAAGGAGGAGAACAAAUAGUUGAAGAUGGAGUUGGAAUGGCCCAUACUGAACAUGUACCAGGAACUGCAGAGAAUGCUCGCUCAUGUGUCCGAGCCUAUUUUUCUGCCCUUCAUGAAACCCUGUGUCGUCAGGAGGAAAUGGCUCUUAGUGUUGUUGAUGCUCAUGUGAGAGAGAAGUUGAUUUGGCUUAGGCAGCAGCAAGAAGACAUGACCAUCCUCUUGUCACAGGUUUCAACAGCUUGUCUUCACUGUGAAAAGACUUUACAACAGGAUGACUGCAGAGUAGUGUUGGCCAAACAGGAAAUUACAAGAUUGCUAGAGACAUUACAGAAACAGCAGCAGCAAUUUACAGAACUUGCAGACCAUGUCCAACUGGAUGCUAGCAUACCUGUCACUUUUACAAAGCUGCUAAGGGAAGCUCUCCGCCGACCAGCACUCCGCUUUGUCAGGGUCUUGUCCUCCGCUUCGCGUUGCUGCGAGGGUGUUUCUCCUUACUUAGUUGUGCUGCUUGACGAGACGGCUUUCCUUGGGGCAGUGCAUUUAAUGAAGUAG